AUGGUCAGGCAACAAGUCCUCAGCAGGCUACAAGCCGACGCUAUCUCGAACAUCUUGUCCAGCGAGUUCCACGACAUCGUUAUGGAGCUCGAUCCUGCCUUCACGAUUGGCUUCGUUGCUGUCAGGGCCUGGGUCUCGGACCGUGUGCGAGCUAUACUGGCGGAGGAUCCCCACUUCCGGACGCGUGAUGUCGAAGAGAACAUUAAUGUCUACAAGCGGGUUCUUGAUCGCAAGUUUCGGAACCGCUACAUCCGCCUGCAUUCGGCCCACGACGCUGCUAAUGCGGCGAACGAAGCCUUUCAACCUGCAGCUGAGCCAUAG